AACAAAGUCUCCAAGCUUGCAAAGACAGUGUCUAAGCCGCAAAUCCGCCAUGUGCAAGGUCUCCAUCGCGGCGCCCUCGCUCGUCCGCUGGCUGCGCCGCGCCGUGGCGAGGCGGUGGCGGCGCUCCCGAUCCGGCGCGGCGGCGUCCGUGCCGGCGGGGCACGUGGCGGUGGUCGUGGGAGGAGGAGGAGGAGGAGAAGAAGGAGGCGCCGGCGCCGGGAGCGCGAGGUUCGUGGUGCGCGUGGCGGACCUGGGCCACCCGGCGUUCCUGGAGCUGCUGAGGGACGCCGAGGAAGAGUACGGGUUCCCGUCCGGCGCGUCCGGGCCCCUCGCGCUCCCCUGCGACGAGGCCCGCCUCCGGGACGUCCUCCGACAGGUUUCUGCUUCUUCUUCUUCUUCUUCCCGGGAGGAGCGGCUCUGCCAGCGUUUCCGUGGCGUCAGCGCGCGGCGGCAAAGGGAGCUGUCGCGGCGGCCGCUGCUGCAGGGGAUGGGCGUGGAGAAGCUCGUCUUGUGAAAGCAGAGCUACUGUUGAUCGGUCAACCCGCGUUGACUCGAAUCCGUAUCGCACGCACAACGAGGGAAAUCGCCGGCGGCGGAGACGACGGACGGGCGUGGGCCUCCUGGCCUGAACGCCGAUCGAAACGGGCGAAAGCAGGACCCGCGCCCCUGCCUUGCCUCUCGAUCGGCCCGAGCAGAGGUCGUCCUCCCGUCGGCAAUGGCGGCGGCCGCGGCACCCUAACCACGACGCGACAGGCCGACUGGAGCACGCCGGCGACGGGCACUGGCACUAAGCUAGGUCGUACUAGUACUGUGGAACUGUGGAGUACUGAUUGACUGAAGACGGUGACGUUUUUUUGGGAUUUUUUGGGAUUGUUUUCUCUGUGAUUCUGCUACUCGAGCCGAGCGGUGGUGCAUGGCUGCAUGCAACUCCCUUUUGCCGGGAAUACGAGGAAGUAAAGAUUAUUUGUUUCGUAAGUAAUUUGUUGUGCAAGAAAAUUCGCUGUGGUUCGUCA